GGCCGGGUCGUCAGAAAAUUUCAAACCCCUCGCCGGAAAACCGCGCAAAAACCCUACUUUUUGAUUUUUUCGGCCAUUUUUUGUCAUCUUUUCACCAAACCAACAACAAACCCACCAUUCCUCCCCCAAAAUCGGCCUAUCCCUCCAUUUUGAGGAGAUUUGUCCGACGUUUUUGUCGCCGGAGGCGAUUUCCGGUGAGACUCCGGCGAGGCUCCGACGAGCACUUCCGGGCACUUUUUCGGCGUUUCGUCGCUUCCAUCCCCUUCCCCUCAUCAUCCCCUACACCUCUACUUGAGUCUCCAGGUUUGAUUUUGCCCUUAACUAUGUUAAUUGUGGAGAAUUGGGUGUUAGGGUGCAUGUUUAGAGAACCUCAUUGAAUCUUGUGAUUUUUGUGCAAUUGAUUGAGGGGAAUGCAUGGAGUGUGUUUGAAUUGUGUUGGGUAAAGUCCCUCUUGAUUGUUUGAGCCCUUGUGUGCAAGAAUUGUGCCAAUUUCAUGUUUACCUUAAUAGUGCACACAAGUUGUUCGAUGAAAUGCCUGUUUUCGUACCAUUUUGUGGGGGUCGGUUGGGACCCUUAAUGAUGUGCUUUGAGGGUGUAUUUGGUAUGGAUGUGAACCUUAAGUUGCCUAUUUUAUCGUGAAUGUGCACCCCCACUCAGAUUAUGCUUGAUUUAUCGAGUUUCUGACCCCCGAACUAUGGAUGAAACCAUGGUUAGGCUGUUUUUCUGUUCUUCAGUGUGGGGGUGUGAUUAACAUUUUUCUUGGCUGUUUUGGUUCCACUUUGGGCUGUUCUUUUGCAGGAUCAUGUCGAAGCCCAACCUCCGACAUCAGUAUGUUCAAGACUUGAGAAGGGCGCCCCACCGGGAUCGUUUUCAGAACGUCCUGGCCUGCAAGUUUGGGCAGCACCAUUACUGGUCGAAGCGCGAGUUGGAAAAGCUCAACUGCUACGAGCACCUCGCCCUCGUUGUCACCAACAAAUACUGGCGCCGCCUGCUCAGCAUCCGCGCGACGGUUUACCAUGAGCUCGUGCUUGAGUUCUACACCACCUUCAGGCACGCAGCCACGGAUGAUUGGAAGGAUGAAGCUGCAGUCCAGUUCCGACUCGGGGGUGAACCACGCUCUAUGAGUUACAACGAGCUGGCGGACGCCCUGGGCCUCAACUUGGUAAAUGACAGGAACUUCAUCACAGAGGUCGCCGAGCCAGUAGGGGUGGACUUCGGGAGGCUGUACUACAGCCUCGCUCGGCCACGUCAGCUUCCCUUCAAGGCGGGCAAGACGAAGGCCACCACAUUGCAGCUCGAGAACCGUCUCCUCCAUCACCUGCUGGCCAAGUCUUACACCCCCGCCUCAGACAGUGCCAGCGCCAUCACCAAGAGAUCCCUGUACUUCAUUCAGUCCAUGCGCCAGAGGGAUCAUCCCCUGCACUUGGGCUCGGUGGUGGCGAGGACCUUCGAGAAGAGUGCUUCUGAGCUGAAGAGACUACACUGCACUCCUCUCAUCACCUGCCUGGCAGAGUAUUUCCAGAUAUCCCUGCAGGGGUGCACGGAGCAGGGAGCGACCACUCCCUUUGGCCGGGCUACGCUCACCAAGAUGCUAUUGCUUCGUGAAGAUCGAGGAGUCAUGUGGAUCGAGGGGUUUCCUCAACCCCAGAUUCCAGAGGCGGUCCAGCAGGAGGCUCCCGAGGGUGCGGCUGAUGAGGAGGUCCAGCCCGAGGACGUGGAUGACACUGCCGCCCGCCCCACCACCUUCGAGUACGGGGGUAGCAGUUCCAGUUUCCCGGGGCAGGAUUACUUCACCUCCCAGUUCGAGCAGCUGCGUCUCCAGAACCAGCAGAUCAUCGACCAUCAGAUGCAGUUCCAGCAGCAGUACGCGGCUCACCAGGCCGAGUACCACCAGAGGAUGGCGGGUUACGAUGAGAGAUUGGACCAGCUCCAGACCCAGCAGGGUGUGACUCUCGCCCACAUCGAGCGCGAGAGGCGCCGUUCACGGCAUAUGCAGGAGGUCCAGCAGCAUCUGCUCCAGCUGAUACCGGGCGAGCAGCCAGUUUGGAGGACUCCCUGGGAGGACUCUCCACUUCCACCUCCCCCAGCGGAUGGUGAUGAUGGUGCUGAUGGUGGUGACGCCUUCAUGAACGACAUCAACUUCGAUCUGGACGACCUCGGCGACGAGUAGGCUGUACUCGUUGCCCAUCUCAGUGUGUUUUGUUUUUCGUUUUAGACUUGUGUGUGUUUGCUCCAUGUGUGAGGAGCUUGAACUUAGUGUCGUUUGUUUUUGUUUUCGGUUUUCUUUUGUGGAUUGUUUUUGCUAUAGCCGUCUGGGCUAACACUUAUCCCUAACGCACAUUGUGCUAGUGUGUUCUUGGUGUUCGAUUCGUGCAGAACUGUCCAUCUUCCCGUUUGUUUCUCGCCGACUGGUCCACUUCCAGUCCCCCAGCAGUUUCAAUCCGGUAACAUCGUUCCCCUUCUCUAUUCCUCUGCUCCAUUGAGGGCAAUGUCGUGCUUAAGUGUGUGUGUGUGGGGGGGGGGGGUGCUUUGUAUCGAUUGGAAUGUAUAUAUGUGUGCUUGGAGCCUAGUCCACUGUCCAAAUCUCGAGAUUUGAGGGCUCCAAGUACUGCUGUUUGAUCAUAUUGGCAUUGUGUUUUGAUUGAUGAGUUGAAUGGUUUUCGGAUUGAUGCAUGACAGCUUGAUUUUGACUAGGACAACCGAUGAUGAGGACUAAGACGUGCAGUAGAGUGGUGUAGGGGUUCAGUUUUUCAACUGUUUGCUUACCAACUGUGACUUGGAUUGAUUACUUGUUCUUGACAGUCUCUUAUGCAUCUAGUUCAGGGUAUCAGAAUGUGAGAUAGAGCAUAUAGGUAGCCAUGUGAGAUUUGAGCCUGCUCGUUUCUUUCUUGUGCGAUAGAUCCCUCUUCCAUGAUGUGUAGCAUUCACGUUGUCACUAGCUAGGAUGAUGGGGGCAUAGGAUUAGCCCACGACCAAAUUUGACUGUCCUGAUGUGUCAUAUCCCCUAGUCAGCCCUUUGAGCCGUGUGUUAUCCUUUCUUUUUGGUCUAUAAUGGAAAAAAAAAUUACCCUGUUUGCAUCUUUUAGAAGGUUCCACAGAGUGGUUUUUACAUAUUCUCUGCUGUUUCUGCUAAAUUUGAUGUGAGUGUUGGAGGUAGUGCUUAAAAGUUGAGCUGGGCAGGUGUUUGAAAUAUGUGCAGAAGUGGUGGCUCUCUUAAGAAAUGAAAAGAAAAUGAAAGAAAAGCAAAGAAAAAUUGAAAGCAAAGAGAGCCACUACCAAAAAUCUGAAUAAUGCCCAGUAAGUAGUGUUUCUUAGCAGUCUGGCUUGGAAAUGCUGACAUUUUUACCUCCUUCGCUCUUGUGCUCUUGAGAUAUUGAGUAAUGCAGAAUAGCAGAAAGGAAAUACCGGUUUGUUUGACUGUGAUUGUUUGGGUUUGGAAAUGUGGAACCUUGUGCUAUGAAUACUUCCACCACCUAAAAGGCCUUUUCCCCAUGUCCAAGACCCUAGCCAGUCAUUUGAACCUGUGUCUAAGACCUCCUGAUUAGUAAGUGGUGACACCCAUAUGUGAACUCUAGCGUUUAGAGGCUGCCAUCAUGGUGAAGAGAUGUUAGGGAUUGAGAGAAAUAGCAUGCGCAUUUUUCGCAUCAAAUUGUCCUGACCCCACUGGUCGAGAGUGAGUGAUUCAUUUUCAUAUUCUAUAUACUCUUGUACCCCGGUGAGGACCUAGAUUGCUCGGUCUCUAUUCUGAUGUCUUGAGUUGGAUGCAUGAGUUGACUGUUUUGAGUAAGUGGUUGAGUCAAGUCUAGGUUGGUUGGUGAACAGAAAGGAGACUCUUCCUUUACUCAAUUUUGCUGCACUCGAAUGUCCUUUGUGGUGGUUGUCCAGGUUGCUAAUGAAGUUGCUCAUGUGUUGAUGUUUGGAAACCAGUUCGAUUCACGUGUUCUGUGCCGUUAUGACUUGUCCCCAAUGUUGAUUGAUUGAAAUAUGUAAGCUUACCUUGUGUCUGACUUGGUUUGCUUGGGGACAAGCAAACGGUUAAGUGUGGGGGAGUUUGAUAGACCGUUAAUUACACAUGUUUUUACCCAUGUUCUUACACCGUUUGAGAUGUGAUUUCUCGUGUUUUAGGCCGAUUUCACGCUAGGUUGUGCUUGUUUGUGAUAUUUCAGGUCCUAGUACGUGAAUGAAGGCUUGGGAGCGAGCUUGGGGUCGAUUGGAUGAAGAUCGGACGCGUGGCGAGGUACAAAGGAGGCCACACGGGCACACCCACAAAUCACAUGGCCGUGCAGCUCAUAUUUCUGGCCGUGUGUGUAUUGCCGAGAGCAAACACGGCCUGCCCUGACAUUUCACACGGCCGUGUGACAAAGUGCUCUGUCCGUGUGACUUUUGCCGUGAGCAUACACGGGCAGAUGGAAAUCAAACACGGCCGUGCCAUCCUGGCCGUGUGAGAAGCCUGAAGAUCGAACUUAAGUGAUACGGUGCGUUUUGACUCACACGGGCAACUGGGUAUGCCACACGGCCGUGUGGCCCUGCCCGUGUGAGUCGGGAUUUCCUGGUUUUAACACAAUUCCGGGCUGCAAGAGGGGGGAUCGAAUUCCUUGAGCAAAAACAGAGUUUUAGAGAGAGAAAGUGCGAAGAACUCACCCUAGAAGCCAUCUUGGAGCUGGGUUUCAUCAAAUCAAGCUUGGAGAUCGUCCUAGGAGUGGAAAUCAUCAUCCCGGAGCAGAUUUUCCUCAUCAUUAUGAGUAUGACUACUCCGAUUACUGUUUUCUUUUCUCUCUCUUUGGAGUAGAACCUCUCUCUCACUUGGGGAUGAAGAACCCUAGUUCUAUGUGUUAGGGGAUUGAUUGUAAUGACUUGGGAUGAUAUUACUGUUUGAUUAUAAUCGAAUGAUGCAUGUUUAUUGAGUCAAUUGAAGUCUGAUCAACUUUUCCUGAUUCCUGCUGCAAUCUGAGAUAGAUAGAAUCUGAUUAGGUUGCUAGAGUCUCAUCAUUCGAUAGUAGGAGAUUGGCUAUACGAGAGUUAGCCAGUUUACUGCUUUGUACUGGAAUCUAAUUCCAGUAGUGAAUUUCUGUUCUUACUGCUUCAGCUUUCUAUCCCGGUGAAGACUAGUCGUCUGCCGGGUAGUUAGACUGAGAGGGCUUGGUCAGCUUAAGAGAUUCCACGCUACUGUCGGAUCUUCCGCAGUUUAAUCAACAGUAAAUCAACCCAGGGUAAAUUGCAAUUGAAACCUAACUAAAGAGCUAGGGGGAUUCAUUCCCGAGUGACUCUUUCCUUCUUAAGAAAACCGAAUAAUUUCC